AUGAGCGUCCGAACACGCCGAAACAAGUCCGUCAAGCGAAAAGCUUUGGCUGAUUUAGCUGUAGACACAGACGGCACGAACGGUAACGCCAACGGCGGGAUGAACCAGAACAACGUUGAGUUCCGGCGGAAGGCGACGACUCCCGGCUCCGACACCGUGACCGCGAACCUGAUGUCGCGCGAAUCCUUCACCCUCGACGACCCCGUCCCGAAGACACCCAUCGCCAAUAAUCAUGGCUUCUUCGAGUUGCCGUUGCAGGAUCAGAGGAAUUUCCUCCUGCUGGUGCUCCUGUACUUCCUACAGGGUGUGCCCAUGGGUCUCGCGGGUGGUUCGGUUCCCUUCCUAAUGAAGGACCACAUGUCGUACAGCGAGAUCGGAAUCUUUAGUCUAGCUUCAUACCCAUACUCGCUGAAGCUUCUCUGGAGUCCCAUCGUUGACGCGGUUUGGAGUCCCAAGGUUGGACGCAGAAAGAGCUGGAUUCUUCCCAUUCAGCUGCUUUCAGGACUGGGUAUGCUCUGGCUCGGGUCUACUGUCGAGAACAUGAUGGCCAACACCGGCAAGCCCGGAGGUCCUACCGUGUGGAACUUCACCGGCUGGUGGUUCUUCCUCGUCUUUAUGUGCGCCACGCAAGAUAUCGCCGUAGACGGCUGGGCUUUGACUCUCCUGACGCCCGGCAAUGUGUCGUAUGCAUCCACUGCACAGACCGUCGGUCUCACUGCCGGCCACUUCCUAUCCUACACGGUGUUCUUGGCCUUCAACUCCAAGGACUUUGCAAACCGCUACUUCCGCAGCUCUCCCCUGGAUCACGGUCUCAUGUCGCUUGGCGGAUAUCUGACUUUCUGGGGCUGGGCGUACAUUGCCAUCACCAUUGGGCUCUCUCUCUUCAAGCGUGAGGAGAGAACCAAGAAUGAGGAUGGCAUUUGGGAUGUGUACAAGAUCAUGUGGGGUGUUCUCAAGUUGAAGAAUAUCCAGACCAUUAUCAUUGUUCAUCUCAUUGCUAAGAUUGGCUUUCAGGCCAAUGACGCAGUCACCAACCUGAAGCUCAUUGACAAGGGAUUCGGUCAGGAGAACAUGGCCCUGACGGUCCUCAUCGAUUUCCCUUUUGAAAUCGCGCUUGGCUACUACGCUGGCAAGUGGUCUCAGGAAUACACUCCUAUGCGCCUAUGGUGCUGGGGCUUCAUGGGCCGCCUCGUUGCUGCUCUGAUCGCCCAGUUCACCGUCACCAUUUUCCCGGCCGGCGGCGUUACUCCUUGGUACAUGCUGGUCGUCAUUGGCGAACACGUCUUCUCGACCUUUACAAACACGGUCAUGUUUGUCGCCGUCUCUGCUUUCCACGCUAGAAUCGCAGACCCUGUCAUCGGCGGUACCUACAUGACUCUCUUGGCUACCGUCUGUAAUCUUGGCGGCACGUUCCCGCGCUUCUUCGUCUUGCGUCUGGUCGACUACUUCACCGUCGCGACCUGCAAACCUGGCAACCCCGCGGAUCUGAACGCCCUGAAGGGCCCUGUCAUCACCGACCCCUUCUCUUGCUCCCUGCAGCCAGACAAGGAGAAGUGUGUCAACGGUGGCGGCACGUGUGAGAUGGUGCGUGACGGAUACUACUUUGUCAACAUCAUCUGCGUCGUCUUUGGCGUGGUGACGUUCAUGCUCUACAUCCGACCUAGAGUUCUGCAUCUGCAGUCACUCCCCAUGAGAGCCUGGCGUUUGGCGCCGUCGACGUCUAAAUAA